AUGCUCGCUGCAAGAAAUCGCCUUCUAGCAUCUAAAUCUCGCUCAUUCAAAGAAGAAGAAGAGGAUGAUAUGAUAUUUGAAGAAGCACCUUCUGGAAAGGUUAAUCAACACAGCUCACAAUCAUCAACGCGAGAGCACUAUAAUCCAUAUAGUGUUAACAACGGAGUAGGGCACGCUGAAGGCGAUAGAGAGUCGCCAUGGCUAAUCGAUAGACCUAACAGAAAAGGAAAGAGUACCUACUUGUCUAGCCAGGGGCGAAUGGAUUAUGUGGUAUCCGACCAAGCACGAGCAUUGUCGGCAAAGAGAGCUAGAUUAACAUCUGAUUUAAGCGAUGAUGAGCGCCCGUCGUAUGGUCACCAAAGUGCCAGUCAAUCCCAAAGGUCAAAACAGCCUCCACCAUCACUCAAUAUAGAUGCUUUCACGUUGAGCAGCAAUACAUUUGAUAAUCGUAAACUCCGGGCGGACCUUGAGCGUGCUAAACGAUGGAUCAAACAAGCUGAAGAGAGCUUUGAAGAACUAGUGAAUGUUCGCUACACUGAAGCAGAAAAGAAUUUGGAAAAAGUUCGGGAGAAAUACGAAGACCGAUUCGAAUCGUCUGAAAAACUCAUCAAGUCUUUACAGCUUACGCAACAUCAGCUUGAAGUUAAUCUUGAUGCCACACGAGACGAGUUGAAAUCACGACGAGAGCAAGUCGAGACUUUAAAGAAAGAGAAUGCCGCACUGCAGGCACAGUGUAAGAAACAAGGCACCACGACCAUGGACCACGAAGAACUUCAACAAUUCAAUCGAUGGAAAAAGAACAAGUCCUACAUGGAUUCAGAAGCUAAUGACGAAAUCAUUUCUGAACGGGAUCAAUUGAAAGCACAAGUUGCACAAUUAACGACUACAAUUCGAUUACGAGAACAAGAGCGCGACAUACAUAUUGAGAAAGCAAAGGCUAGUGAUAAUAAGAAGUCUUUACUUGCAAACGGGAUCUACUCUACAUCGGAUGGAAGCAAGAGCGACAAAACCGAAAUGUAUGAGGACCUUACCGGCCUGCUCUUGACUGAUGUGAAGAAGUCAAACGAUAGUAUAGUUUACAACUGCCUGCAAACGGGUCGCAACGGAACUUUACAUUUCAAGUUAACGCAAAACCAUAAUCAGCCUAAUGAACUACACUACCAACCAAUGCUUGACGAACGAAGAGAUGCUGAUUUAAUAAUGAGGCUUCCAGAUUAUCUGACUACGGAAAUAGAAUUCACGCGUGACAAGGCCAAUUUGUUCUUUUGGCGUUUAUUGACGUUUCUCCAAUCCAGCGAUAAGAAGGACCAUUCAUCAAAUCACUAG